CGGCUAAACCUCAGCAAACCGCGUGCAACACCUUAAACCCCAACAGCCGAGAUCCGUGAUAUCGUUUAGGGCUGCAUAUGUGCGCGCGCCUCCAAGUUCCUGUGAGAGGAGCCCGCGGCUGAGAUAUACCACCUGCGAACGUGGAGGCGGCGGUGGCCACGACGGCCUCACCUCCUGCCUCCUGCUAAAGUCUGCCGCGAUGGCUACUACACUAUCCCUUAAGGAGCUGUCCAAAGCCAUCAAGGAGUUCAUUGUCGAGCCAACCGCGCCUCUGCCCGAUGAGAUUGUUGGGACGAUUGCUGCCUACCUGCGGAGGCAUGAGAAAUACGACGACGCUGCGUCCGAUCGCCUGCAAGAGGAGUUGCUCCUCAUCUUCGAUAAGAAUGUUCGGGGAAACCCUGCUGCAUCCUGUGCCUGGAUGGGCAUCUUGCGCCGGCUCCUGAGAAUGCUGCACACUCCCGAGCGAAUACUUGUGUGGCUGGAAGCUUGCGAGGGAAUGCUCGACAAGACAAACUUUGAUAGAAAUAUCGUCACUGAGGCUAUGGAGACUCUGAACGAGAUUGUCGCCAUUGCCGACGAGUACCACGAUGGCGCCGGCAACGAUUUUGCGUCAAAUCCUCUGAUCGACAGACUGUUCGAGGUGUGGAUGGAAGACUUUCAGCCAGCGCACUUUGAAGGCUUCCUGCCGGCGGAGCAUACCCAAAAGAUGAUAUGCGAUGCGCUAGGGCAGUUUGGGAAGAAACGACCGAAGGAAUUCUUUUGCUCUUUGGAUAGCUAUUUUGUCAAAAAGAAGUACAGAAAAAUUAGCUUGAAUUUCUUUUGCAACUUUCUUCAGUCACAGCCACCUCACUUGUAUCAAGUGGCCCAUACCCCCUUGUUUACGGAUCUCUUGACAUGUCUGCAGCAAGACACUUCGACCGCGGUCCUUUCGGCUGCGCUGACCGCUCUUGUCAUGCUGUUGCCACACAUGCCUAGCUCGCUCGUGCCGCAUUUGCCUACUCUUUUUAAUAUUUAUACCAGAAUGCUCUUCUGGGAAGCUUCAGAGUCCCCCUCACAUGAGUCCGAACAGACAAAUCGGUGGGAAGUGUUUGCACACGAUCCGGAGACGGAAGACGGUCAAAUAUCACAUCUAUCCAACUAUUACACGAUAUUAUAUGGUCUGUAUCCUAUAAACUUUAUGGAUUAUAUUCGCAAACCACAGAGAUAUAUACGGCACGCCAACCUGCUUAAUGCCGACGAGAUUGAAGUACAGCCUACAGAGAUUCGGCAUCGGUCGGAGCAGUUCAGGAGAAGCCACUUGCUUCACCCAAAUUUCUUCACCUACACGAUUGAAACUGAAAAAACGGAUUUGGGGCGAUGGAUAAAGAGUGAGGCUGCUGAGGUCGUGACCGAAUGCAUGGCGUUGUGCGUUACACCAACAAGCCAGAUAUUUUCCGACCACGAGCCAUUACAUCUCCCAGAGUCCUCAGCUCAGGUCCCCAACGACGAACUGAGCCAAGAGAGGUCGGAUCCGGGAUUGCUGAGCAGUUCAGUAACCAAAGUGAAUUCAUGGAGAAAUUCCCACAUAUCCAGCACAGAGUCUGCCACAAGUGAUGGCGCGCCGUCAACGUUGAUGAGGCGUGGAUCCCAAUCGAGCCAACACUCGGGGAGGGACUCUGGCGAAGCCAUGCGUUUUAAAGAUUUAGCUGGCAUCGAUGGUCCUUCAGGAGCCCAGCUUCUCCAAUCGGCUUCUCAUACCCAGCUUCAAGACCUCAUUAGAUCAAAUAAGGUUAUCAAAAGUAGUCUUCACCAAUCGUUGGCAAACGAUAGCGUGCCGUCUCUCGCCUUGAGUCACCAAGAGUCUGCGGCAGACAGACCGCUGACGACAAUGACGCUGCCUGCACAGACCCAUACCCCCGUAUCGGCAGGAGAUGCGAGCAGCGCUCAAAUUGCCCAUCUCCAAGGAAAGCUUCUCUUGCUGCAAAAUGACCUUAGCUUCGAAAGAUAUCUCAAGCUGCAACAUAUGGCUCACAUUGGCGAGCUCAGACGACGACAGAUGGCGGAAGCUGCUACGGAGGCAGAGAUGCAAAAUUUGAUCAUGAUGAACCGGAAUCUCAAAAGGAGCUACGAAGAAGCUAAGCAGGCUGAGAUGCAAGUCCGCAGGGAAUCAGAGAAUCGCCGUGCCAUGGCAAAGAAGUGGGAAGCAGACCUCGCAAACAAGCUGAAAAAUCUUAGGGAAGAAUCAAAGAAGAUGCAGACGGAGUCUGAGUACAUCCGAAAAGAGCUUGAAGAAAAAAGGCGAGAGUGCGAAAAGCUGCGCAAGCUUGUGUGCGACGCCGAGGUGAAGGAGCUGAAUGCGAGACAAAACAUGCAGUCGAUUGAGAUACAUGGCGCCGAGAUUGACAGACUCAAGGCAGAAGUUGAGCGACUUUCACUAUCUGAACGGGACUAUCAGGCAAAAGAGGUUGAACGACAAGCCUCCAUCAACGCGGCCGAGGAGGCCCAAAAUCAGAUGGAAAUAUUGAAGCUGAAGUUGAGCGCUUCAGAAGUGGACUUUGAGCGAAUGAAGAGGCUCUUUCAAAGCCAGGUGACGGAGCUUCAGGCGCAGCUCUCGGCAGCUUUGGCGGAUCGGAACAAGCGGCCUGCUGCGGCGGUGAAUGUUGCAAUUGAGGCCACACUUGAAGCAAGCCGUGCCAAACAGGCUGAGAUGCAGAAGCAAUAUAACUUACUGUCGCGCAAAUACACGGCACUGCAGUCGUCCUUGCUGGACAUGCAGUUGGAGGCAUCGGUUACGACGGAGAAGUCGAGCAUAGCAGAAGGUGAAGAUGAUGGGAUGAUGUCGUCUACGGGUCCAAUGUCGAUACGAUCAAGACCAGUCCGGCUUCUGUCAACGGCGGAGAACGCUGAGGGAGCAGCGUCGUCGCUCGGCUCACACCCGGGGACGCCAACAUCCUCUGUGCUGCAGCCGCUGCAGCCCACGAGCUCUGCGGGGACAGGAGAGACGGAUGGCAAGGACUCAUCGCUCAAUCUAUCGGCGAGCCCAGAAAGAAGUUACUUUGGCAGUGGAAUCCAGGGCAUGAUCCGCAGGGAUAGUAAGGAUAAGGCCAAGGAUGAGUCUGGCAAGCCUAAGAAGGAAAAGAAGUCCAUUGGCUUGAGAGGAAUACGGGGGUUUGUUAAUAGCUAAUCGGGCCAGGACUGUCCUGAGUUCUGACAUGUAUGGUUUCUCCUCCCCCAUUUUGGGAGGUGAAUGGAGGGGAAGUAUAUGAUUAUUGGUAGAUUAGUAGCUUUUUGGUAGAAGCGAUACGGAGUAUGGGGUUUUGAUUUUAUGGAUGAUUGCCUAGAAGACGGGCUACGAAAAGCAGCGGAUGCUCGAGUAUUAUCAGCACAUGACUCUACAAGUAGUAUAUUAAAUAAUAUGAAGCGUAUGAAUUGAAUAUGGCGGAAGGCCUCUGGAU